AGGCCUAACUCUCUUUCUCUAUCAAAGCCAUUCCAAGCAAAUUACAAGUGUUGUUUAAGCUCAAAAAGAAAUGGGGGGAUACGCUAAGCUUAUGAUCGUGACAAUGGUGGUAGCUGGUUUAGCCCUUGGGUCCGGACCCAUGGUGGCAAAUGGUCAGAAUGUUUGUGGCAUGAACAAAGAAGGUUUCAAGGCAUGCCAGCCGAGCGUGACUGCCGGGAACCCCAGCCCUCCGCCGCCGUCGGCUUCAUGUUGCAUGGCUUUAGACGAAGCCGACCUCACAUGCCUUUGUUUCUUCAAGAAUUCCAAGUGGAUGAACGAUUAUGGAAUCGAUUUCAAUCGAGCUAAGAACCUGCCCGUGCAAUGCAAUUUGGCCAAAUCUUUCAAUUGCUAGAUGUGGGAUUAAAAUGAAAAAACCCACUAAUUUCCUUGCGUUGAAUGAUUAACUAAUUAUUUCUUUUGUUUUAUUGUUGUUAUUGUUUGUGUUAUGCAAUUUGUUUUUGUGUGUGUUGGUGUUUUGUAUUUUGUUGGUUGUUUUUAUUCAAAUUCUACAAUAAUCAUACGUAAGUUUUUGUAUAA